CGUCCUCCCUCCGCUUCUUCCCCCCUCUUCUUCCAUUCCCAACGAGGCAGCGACCCGCCCGCCCGCCCACCCCGCCUCCUCCCGCAAUCGCGGCCGCGCGGAGGCCCGAGCCCAAACCCUAACCCUAGCGGCCCGGGCUCCCCGCCUCCCCGGCCGGCCGCCCGCGAUGGGGCAGUGCUACGGGAAGGCGGGCGCGUCGUCGCGGGCCGACCACGACGACAUCGCCGGGGCGGUCGCGCCGCCGUCCCCGCUGCCGGCCAACGGCGCACCGCAGACGCCGCCGCAGCAGGCGCAGGCCACCGCGCCCGGCACGCCGAGGCGCCGCAAGUCCGGAUCGACCACGCCGGUGCACCAGACGCCCGGGGUCGCCUGGCCGAGCCCGUACCCCGCGGGAGGGGCAAGCCCGCUCCCCGCGGGGGUGUCGCCGUCGCCGGCGAGGUCGACGCCCAGGAGGUUCUUCAAGCGGCCCUUCCCGCCGCCAUCGCCGGCCAAGCACAUAAAGGCCACCCUCGCCAAGCGACUCGGCGGGGGGAAGCCCAAGGAGGGGACCAUACCGGAGGAGGGCGGCGUCGGGCCCGGUGGCGGCGGAGGAGGAGGCGGAGGUGCGGAUGGGGCCGAGGCGGAGAGGCCAUUGGACAAGACGUUUGGCUUCGGGAAGAACUUCGGGGCCAAGUACGAGCUGGGUAAGGAGGUGGGGAGGGGGCACUUCGGCCACACCUGCUCGGCCGUCGUCAAGAAGGGCGAGUACAAGGGGCACACCGUCGCCGUCAAGAUCAUCUCCAAAGCUAAGAUGACGACGGCCAUUUCCAUCGAAGAUGUUCGUAGGGAAGUCAAGAUUUUGAAAGCUCUAUCGGGGCACAAUAAUCUUGUCAAAUUCUAUGAUGCAUGUGAGGACGCCCUCAAUGUCUACAUUGUCAUGGAAUUAUGUGAAGGUGGGGAGUUGCUAGAUAGAAUUUUGGCCAGAGGCGGGAGAUACACAGAAGAAGAUGCCAAAGCGAUCGUUGUACAAAUUUUGAGCGUGGUGGCCUUCUGUCAUCUUCAGGGAGUAGUGCAUCGCGAUUUGAAGCCAGAGAAUUUUCUUUUCACAACGAGAGAUGAAAGCGCUCCGAUGAAGUUGAUUGACUUUGGUCUUUCCGAUUUCAUUAGACCAGAUGAAAGGCUCAAUGAUAUUGUUGGAAGUGCAUAUUACGUCGCCCCAGAGGUUCUACACAGAUCAUACAGUAUGGAAGCAGACAUUUGGAGUAUAGGUGUCAUAACAUACAUUCUGCUCUGUGGCAGUCGGCCAUUUUGGGCAAGGACAGAAUCUGGGAUCUUCCGAUCUGUGUUGAGGGCUGAUCCCAACUUUGACGAUUCACCAUGGCCUUCAGUAUCGGCUGAAGCUAAGGAUUUUGUGAAGAGAUUUCUGAACAAAGAUUACCGCAAAAGAAUGACUGCUGUCCAGGCACUGACUCACCCUUGGUUACGAGAUGAACAAAGGCAAAUUCCAUUGGACAUACUCAUCUUCAGAUUAGUUAAGCAAUAUCUUCGUGCCACACCUCUUAAACGCUUGGCAUUAAAGGCACUAUCUAAGGCUUUAAGGGAGGAUGAACUUUUGUAUCUUAGAUUGCAGUUUAAGCUGCUUGAACCUAGAGAUGGAUUUGUAUCACUUGACAACUUUCGAACGGCUCUGACAAGAUAUUUAACUGAUGCUAUGAGGGAAUCAAGGGUUCUUGAGUUUUUGCAUGCGUUGGAACCACUUGCGUACAGAAGGAUGGACUUUGAAGAAUUCUGUGCUGCAGCAAUCAGCCCUUACCAGCUUGAGGCUUUGGAAAGGUGGGAAGAAAUUGCAGGAACAGCUUUUCAGCACUUUGAACAAGAGGGCAACCGAGUUAUAUCGGUCGAGGAGUUGGCACAGGAACUAAAUCUCGCACCGACUCAUUAUUCUAUCGUGCAAGACUGGAUCAGAAAGUCAGACGGCAAGCUAAACUUUCUUGGGUUUACCAAAUUUUUGCAUGGUGUCACGAUACGGGGCUCAAAUACAAGACGACACUAAAUGGAUGCAAAUUGUAUUCGCUUCUAAUUUAAAGCCUCUCAUUAUAUGGCCCUGAUUGUUGUGACCCCUGCCUGCUUGCCCUGCCCCUUCUUCUGGUCAAUGAUCAUUCUUCAUGUUUGCAUUGUCGCUGGUUGUUGUCAUCAUAGCUUUUGUAGAGUACAUGUAAAGAUACUUGUAAUGAAGGCGAAAUCAUAUGGUUUGCUCAAGAAUUAGUGUCAUGUGUUCUUUUUUGCUCACCAGUUUUGAACCAUUAUCUGCGGACAGAUUUGGAUAUCAUUGCGGCACUGAAGUUGGUAUCGCUGCUCAGCUUAAUAACAUUUCAAGCUCAAUGUAACUCCCCACUGUACUAGACCGCUAAGAAUGUCGGCUUGAGACUGUUCCUUAAGCUCAGACAUUGUUGGUGUAAGUUUGUUGGUACAAUAUCAGCUUAUGAACUGCGUUACAGAGGAAUUUCAAAUAA